AUGGAGAAGCACAAGAAGGAGUGCAACGAGGAGCAGAAGGAGAAAUUUCUACACGAAAUAGAAUCCUGGGAGAAGGCUCUUGAGAAGGUCAAUAAAACCAAGGGCUGGGAGCUGUCAAAAUUUGAAAGGGCAAUUCUUGAAGAAAAUCACUGUAUGCAAGCAACGGUUGAUCUAGAACUUCAUAUCCGGUGGAACCCAAGAAAUCGAAACCGACACCAAGAUCCCACAGACUCACCUGUGAAGUGGGUCUCUCCACCGAAGGGUUCGCUGAAAUAUAACGUUGAUGGCUCAUGGAAGGAAGAACAGCGAGAAAGAGCGAUGGUUGGGAUUUGCAGGAAUGAACAAGGGAUCCUCAUAGACGGUUUUGCGGAGAAAAUUGCUGCUGAUUCAGCCCUGAAAACAGAGGCUUUGGCCCUUCUUGCGACUCUGUUGAAGUUAGUGGAGGCAAGAAAGAGAAAGAAGUCUUUGGCAGGAAAGAGGGAAAAGUCUUCUGCUUCGCCUGAACUAACCUACAAUGCGAAGUAUACUCUAACAGCAAAGUUGUGGUGGAAAGUUUAA